AUGUCGGCUUCUCAUCGCCAUUAUGCGACGACAGAUGGUGCAUAUCCAAUCGAGUCACACAUACGCAAGGCAACAAGUAGCCCACCUAACGAUGACGUGUGCUGUAUAUACGUCCACGCGGGUGCCGGAUACCACAGUCAUCAAAACGAGCAGAUACAUCUCGCAGCGUGUAAUGACGCCGCACAACUAGCUAUGUUGAUCUUGAAGAACGGGGGAUCGGCGCUGGACGCAGUAGAGGCUGCCGUCAAAACGCUCGAAGACAGGGAGAUCACAAACGCCGGAUACGGAAGCAACCUGGCUAUGGACGGCGUUGUUGAAUGUGACGCCUCUGUUGUUGACCACUUCGGUCGCAGCGGGGCUGUUGGUGCCGUAGCUCAAAUUAAGAACCCUAUCUCGUUAGCGCGAAUGAUUCACGACCAUACCAUGAGCUCACUCACAUUACGCCGUGUCCCACCGAACCUUUUGGUUGCUCAAGGUGCAACUGAGUUUGCGGCGGAGAUGGGCAUGCCGAUCCUACCACAUGAUGCACUUAUAUCGCCAGCUGCAAAAGAGCGAUGGAUCCGAUGGCGCGCUGACCUAAAGUCUGCUGAGCGCAAGGCCAAGAAGGCUGGUAGUCAUCCUUCGUGCUGGCAGAUACAAAAUAACAUCACACCAGAGGAUGAGGCAGCGCAGCAGGGUAUGCGCGAACAGCAUACACAGAAUCUGUUGCGAGGAUAUCCAUCUCUAAUCUCCUCCUCGCCAGAGCCCUCCAACGAACAACUCUACUACUUGACGGAUGUUACCUCGAGUACCCCUUCUGAUCCCUCACUGCCUCUAUUUUCUGACCGAUCCUCGGGCACUCGGCUCAGCGAUGAUCGGAUCCCCACGCCAGAUACAUCCAACCAGUCCCCGAUACCUGAAGACUUUCGCCCUCACACGGUCGCCGAGUCCUCUCGCAAUGCUUUUAUCAACAGCACACAGAAGGUGCCAACCAUGAGUCAGUAUCGAGACCACCGAGUCCCUCGAGACGGCACAUUCAAUCGCAUUGCGGAAGAAGCACACCGCGAUCCAGCACAUGCUGCGUCCGUGCGCAAGUCUUACGGCGAUGGGUCUAGUGAAGAGUCAGACUCUACUUCCAGCGCGAAAACGAUGAAAGCAGGCUUCGUCGACGCACCGUCUGAUUUUAAUCUCGGUAGUCCUUUGCCGGAGAUACAGACCCAAAAGAUCUUCGAGGCACCCUCACCGCGUGUGUCUACGCCAUCGAAUUUUGCCAAGACAGCGCCGAGGCCUGCUGGCCCAUUCCCACUUCAGUCCGAGAAAGAGGACCACAUCACUGACACAGUUGGCGCAAUUGCGGUAGACAGCUGGGGCAACAUCGCUUGCGGUGCUUCGUCGGGAGGUAUUGGCAUGAAAUAUAGAGGACGAGUUGGACCGGCAGCUCUUGUAGGCGUUGGUGCUGCAGUCAUCCCUGUCGACCCAGAUGAUCCAGAACAGACUUGUGUUGCAACUGUUACAAGCGGAACAGGCGAGCACAUGGCAACCACGAUGGCCGCCACUGUAUGCGCCGAGCGCCUCUAUCAGAGCGUGAAGAAGAGCAGGGGCGGAGAGUACGUGGAGGUGACAGAGGACGAAGCGCUUAGAUCGAUGAUUGAGAAUGAGUUCAUGGGCCAUCCAAGCGUAAAGCACAGCAACUCAGUCGGCGCCAUCGGCAUCCUAGGCGUCAAAAAGAUGCGUGCUGGUAUGCUCCUCUACUACGGACACAACACAGAUUCGUUCGCUAUGGCUUCCAUGUCUUCGGACGAAGACAGGCCUGCCUGCUCGAUGUCGCGCAGUAAUGGCAGUGGUCAGAUUGCACAGGGUGGCCGCAUGAUGACAAUGAGACGACACAAGAAGACAAAGUCGACGCCGCACCGAUGA